AUCAUCCAUAAGACACUGCAAGAUCUUCCAGACGCGUAUAAUGGCGAGGUUUUUUACUUUAGUGGAACCUGUGGUGGUUAUGCACAAACUGGGCAGUUCCUUUUUUGAUAUGGCUCUCACCUUGACAGUGUAUAAACGCUCACUGGAAAUAGCAGAUGGACAUCCUGACCAAGCCCAAGCAGCUUCCUCAAGCUUCUUCCUCAUCCACUCCAUUAUCUCGGCAGUGGCGGCCAUGUUUUCCAGCUUCCCACUAGGACGCAUCGCAGACCGCCAGGGACCUAAAGUGUUUCUUAUCAUCCCUCAGCUGGGUUCUCUCUUGGGAAUGAGCUUCCUGCUUGUCUUUCUGUUCUACAAUCUACCUGUGGAGUUCCUCUUUCUUGGAUCCAUGGUGUAUGGCCUCAGCGGAGGUCCUCCUGCUUUCUGGGCUGGUGUGGUUUCUUUGGCUUCACUCAGCUCUAAGGAGAAGCACCGCACUUUAAAACUCAACGUUGUGGACCUCUGUGUUGGUAUCGCAGGGGUGCUGGGUGGUCUGCUAUCUGGGUAUGUGUACCAGUUAGGACAUCAAGGAUUGGUCUUGCUAACGACUGCCAUGCUCUUCACUGCGGCAUCGCUUUUUCAUGCCGUCUUUCUUCUCUCCAGUUCAAGACAAAACGAUGAUGAGAAGGAGCGGCUGCUUUCAAGUGGUGAGAGGACCGACAAAGUCGCAGUAGGGCUGUUGAUAUCAGCCAUAGUGCUGUUUGAUCUGGGCAUGAUUGGAGCAGAGGAUGUUCUCACAUUCUAUGUGCUUAAGCCUCCACUGAGCUGGGAUUCAGUGUGGGCUGGUUAUGGCAGCGCAGCCACAAACGCCAUGUAUUUGAGCAGCUUCCUCGGGGUGCUGGUGCUAUCUGGUGUGCUAGGAGAUGUGGCCCUGUCUCUGCUUGGCAUCGUGUCCAACUGUACAGGAAUGGCUAUCAUGGCAUUCACAGUGGAAAGCUGGGUCUACUUCAUGGCACGAGGGAUAAUGAUGUUUGCCUGUGUUCCCAUGCCAACGCUGCGAGCGAUGCUUUCCAAAGUUCUGGAUGCACAGCAAUAUGGAUGUGUUUUUGGACGUCUACAGUUGGCUCUGGCUGUGACUGAACUCCUGUCUACGGUGCUCUUCACCUCGAUUUACCCUCUCACUCUGAACUGGUACAGCGGCCUCUGUUUCCUUCUCUCUUGUGCAAUCAGCUAUCUCAGCGUCAUACCGAUUCUAUACCUGAAGUUCAGGCAGAGGAGAACUGGGUAGGCUGUACAACUGUAUACAGGGAAAAUACAAACAAUCUGUACUCAAAGAACUGAACUAGCUAUGAAACUACAAAUACUAUAGAUGACUUGCAACCACGUGAUCAAAAUGUGCUACGUCAUGAGCGUCCGCCAUGAUGGUGGAUAUACAAAGCAAUUAGGAUGGCAACCGCUGAAAGCGUGCCUGUAAACAAUGCUGAAUGUUCUCAGUAUUACCACGAUU